UAGGUGCCCAAAAGGAGAGCAAGAGUUUGAAAUUGGCGAAAUGGUUGAAGUAAAUAAUUGGAACAAAUUAACAGGCGGCACAGAAUGGUUAUUAGCAAAAAUUGUAAAAAUCGAAAAUGGAGGUUAUGAAGCUAAAAUAAUAAAUAGUUCACUUUUUGGCGCAAAGUUUUUUCGGUGUUCAAAAGAUAUUCGAAAAUAUAGUAGUGUUAAUGACACCUUCCAGAUUGACGAAAUUGUUGAAAUAAAGAACUAUAAUGAAUGGAUUUUAGGGAAAAUAAUAGGAAAAGAAGCGGGGAAGUAUAUAAUUAGUGUUUUAAGUGGACAUCGUUAUGGCAUGAUUUUUAGACGUUAUUCGGAGGAAUUAAGAAAGUAUGAUAUAUCAAAAGAUUUGAAACAUUAUUCAAUUGGUGAAAUUAUUGAGGUAAAAAACUUUGACCAACAAACAAAAGAAACUAAUUGGAUUAAAGCAAAAAUAUUAGAAAUUAACCAGGGAAAUAAUUAUAGUUUAGAAGUUGUAGGGAAAUGUAAAUUGAUUGGAGGUAUAAUUAAUAGAAAUAUUUAUAGUAUGAGGAAAUUUAAAAUUGAAAAUUUUCAAGUCGGUGAACAAGUUGAAGUAUGUAUCUAUGAUAAAAUUGAAGACAAAACUGAAUGGAUAAAAGCUAUAAUAUUAGAAAAACGAAAUGGAAUGUAUAUUUUGGGGACUGGAAUAUAUAUAUUAGAAGAAUAUCCAUGUAAUUUAAGAAAGAUUAUAUCUGGAUAA